AUGUCAGAGGCUGUGGAAACCAUCACUGCUAACCCACCCUUCGAUAAUCCUGACUGUGACAUCAUUCUCCGUUCGACUGAUGGUGUCCACUUCCAUGUUUUCAAGCUCAUUCUUUCCCUCAUGUCACCCGUAUUCAAAGACAUGUUCACGCUACCUCAAAACGGUUUGCAGUCGGAAGUAUCGUCAGUGCCUGUCAUUCAUGUGUCCGAGGGCAGCACGACCCUCCAAAUCCUGCUUUUACUCUGCUAUCCUGCCGCAACCGCAACCUUCGACAGCUUAGAUGAUGCGAAGGCUGUGAUGGAAGCAGCCAGGAAGUAUGACAUGCAAGCCACUCUCAGCCGUGCGGGGGACCUCGCCAUUGCCCAAUUUCUACCAUACCACUUUCUCGAGCUAUACUCUCUGUCUUGUCGAUUCGGAUGGGAACAUCAUGCUCAGACUGCUGCUACCCGGGCUCUUGAGAUCAAAGAUCUAGGGCGACCCAGCAAUGAAUUUAAUGGCAUGCGGGACAUCACCGCUUUGGAUCACCACAGGCUCCUCAUAUACCAUUAUGAAUGCGGUGUCGCUGCUCAAGCAGUCGGGGACUCUCUUUCCUGGCUCGGAAUUUCAUCUAAACAUCCAAUGUGGAGGGAAUGUGGCGGUUGCAAAAGCACGAGUAGUAGGGCGCUCCAAGUUGGGAACCUCGGAAAGUUGACGAUCGCCAUGUGGUUUGACGAAUAUCUGGUUUCGAGUGGGAAGGACUUGUUCGCAAGACCUUGCGAAUCGACCUUAAUGGAAUCGGCAUAUUACAAUCGUGCUAUUGUCAAAGCGACUGCAUGCGGUCUUUGCCGAAUCACCGUCGUCGAGAGUAUGGAUAGAUUUCGUACUUCGUAUAUGGCGCAAGUUAAAAAGGUGGUAGCGAUUGUGAAAUUGAGGCAGUCUUCUUGA